AUGGAAGCCGAGUGCUGUGAUGAUGAGCAGUAUCAUUUGGUACCAAAACACUCGGAAAGACCAGAAACUGAUGAAUCUUUGCUAUUUGUAUUGGAUCCCUGUACCUUUACGAAGAUGGAUGCCAGAAUCUUGCAAAGGACCUACGUACGUCUUUGGCAUGUGUGUACGAAUACUUGGAUUUAUACCACUGAUCCUACUGAGAAACAAAACUUAUAUCACUUCAGCAAGAAUGAAAAAGGUUGGAUAAAAGUAGUUAGUGGAAAGUUCAAAAUCGAUAAAGAAACAUUUGCGCUGCUUCCUGUCCGUCCGGAUGAAGUUCGCGAUCUGGAUUUUGCCAAUGACGCAUGCAAAGCAUUGAACGGUUUCGUCAAACUGAUUGAAAGUGGGAAAAUCAUCUCUAAAGAACCAAUGAAAGUAACGAUACAGUUAUUAACGGAAUGCAUAUAUUUCGUGACAAAUCAGCCUAAUCAUAUGACAGAUCCGAUCAAAAUUGUAGAUUUUAAGCCACCAAGAGAUCGGCAAAAAUUACUUCGAGAACAGGGUGUCCUUGAUCAGGUUUUUGCACUGUUACGAGUACCAUUUUUGCCACGAAACGGGAAUGAUCCGAAACCUCUGCUGUGUUCACCACGUAAACUCAGUGAAAAGGGAAAUGAAAUCUUGAAACGAAUUUUUCACCUUUGCUACUCAUUGCUUAAGUAUUCACAGGUGGGUUACCGGAAGAAUCAAGAAUAUCUAGCAGAAAAAUUUGGCCAAAUACAGGAGCAGAUUGGAUUUGACUUGCUUGCAGAAGACACAAUGACUGCUGUUCUCCACAAUAAUCCGAAGUUGUUAGAAAAAUAUGUUAAGAAUCCGCAUGUAGAACGUUUUGUGGAACUCGUCCGCAACAACAAAGCUGGUAGGUUUUUGGAUUAUUUGGCGGAUCUUUGUGUUUGUCGCGGUGAAGCCAAUAAAAAGAUUCAGGAAUUGAUCUGCAGUUGUGUGUUAAACGAAUUGAAUCGUGACAUCUUUAUUAGCACGAUCAUUUAUGACAAAAGCUGUGACGAAGUGUGGAUUAGUUGGUCGAAUUGCUAUUGCAAACAGUUGGUUUCUGUGGCAGUGGAUGCUGCUAAAGGUCAAACUGAGGAUAUUGAAAUACUUGAUUAUUACAAACAUCAGUUAGAUCUUCUAGCACAAAUGUGUCAGGACCAACAGUAUCUCGCAAUUGAUCCUCCUCCUGAAAGACGUCUUAUGAAUUUAAGUUUAGAAUUACCAGCUGAUUUGGUCCUUAGGUGCAUUUCGGAUACGAGAUUACCUCAAGAUUUGCGUGCUUCAUUCACACGUCUCAUGCUUCAUCUGCAUAUCAUACGUGGCUCUCCACUCAGUGCCGUACAUCAUGCUCGCUUAUGGCGUGAGAUCCCGCUACAUGUCACAAUUUCUGGGAACUCAAGUCGAUCUGUGAAUGGUUAUGUUGAUGGUGGUCAUGUACGUACUGGAGGAGAAGUUUCCGAUGAAGUUUUAAAAACUGUCGAUGUGUACCUUGAGGAAUUGCGCAAAACGACACGAGAAGGUGAACCUGUCUUGGAUCCAAGUGCAUCAAAAGUGAAGCAAAAUCAAUUAACCUUUGAGAUCGUAACACUUGCACGAGCUUUAGCUCAUUUCGGAUUCUACAGUUUUGCAGAUUUGCUUCGUCUUGCUCAAAAUUUGUUAGCUAUUGCUGACAGCAGCCCAAAAAAACCUGAAGUGUUUAUUCCAGAAAAAAUGGGGUUUGACAAAACGGGUUUGUUUCGUCAUGUGACAUACUCAGUAAUUGGUGCAAAUGCACUGCAGAAAGGAGCUAAGCAAUAUCUUCCGAACAUGCAAGCAGAAUCUACGUCUACCCAAAAUACGUUUCAUGCUAAAGAAAGUAAACAAAUGAUUUUGCAAACAAAACUUAUAGUCGUUGAAAUUUUAAAUUUCAUCAUGGAUGUACGUCGAGAUUAUCGUAUCACAGUUGCUCUAUCUUGGUUUAAAAAACGUUUUCCAUGUGACGAACUCGGAGGACUUCUUUCUAAAGCAGGCAAUUCAUUUUUAUAUUUGUCAGAACAGGAAGCAUCACAAUUAUAUAAAGAGGUAUUUCAAGAUUGUGAAGAGAAGCUUGAUUUUGAUGGUAAGAAUGGUCAACUUUUACGAAUACUUCUGCAAAUGACAAUAAGUGAUUUUUCAAAGCUAACGAGUACAGCUCUUACGGUAUUGUUUCGCCAUUUCACACAAUAUCAAGAGUUUGUGGAGGAUCUCAAGCAGGUUCAGUUGUUAGUCUCGAACGAUGAUGUGGAAAAUUAUCGACAGAUUGACCGCGAUUUGUUCAUUUUGAAAAUUCUUACGGAAAAAAGCGAACUCUGGGUACAAGCUGAUAAAACGCGAUCUGAAAGUAGUAGUAAUCAUAGUUUUGAAGAACGUAGCUCAAGUCUUGACGAUUCGUCAAAGCCAUCUAUUUCAAUACAAACUACCAGUCAACAGUUGGAAGAUAACGGUUUAAAUGUCUCUUGUGCUUUUCACAACAAUGAAAGUUUUCGUUCACUGGUGGAAAAGAUUGAACAGCAUUAUUAUUUAGCUAAAGAUGAGUGCAUCAAGUUGUUAUGUGAGCUGCUUCUCGGUGAUGAUCGAACAGAAGCAGCUUCAGCCUUAUAUGAAUUGUUUGAUCGUGCACCGCUGAUAAGUUAUCCUCUAGUAAGACAGAUUUUAUAUCGUGUAAAACAACUCUGUUACAAAAAUGACAAACCGGAUAAGAUGAAUCAGCAACUAUUACGGAAUAUGCGUGUACAUGAAUAUGUUCUCGGAUUUCUUUCCAUUCCAUAUGACGAAAAAAAUGAUGCAGAAAUGUCAAAACUUGUCACACUGAGCCAUGAAUUCUUGCGAAGUUUUUGUCGCAAUAAUAUUGAGAAUCAGUUUCACUUGUACAAACAUAUUUCUAUCGAACAAGAUGCGAAAGAAGGAUAUUUGAGGGUGAAUACGGUACAACUUGAUUUUAUGGUUUUGAAUCUGCUUGUUUUGUUAAUUGGUCCUACUAGCUCUGAUUUGAAACUUGUUUUGACUGAUAUAAUUUUCGCCAUGGAUACAAAAGUAAUGGAAGAAGUUGCAACACUUACAGCGAUUUUCAAAAACAAUCGUGUACUGUGUCAAAAUGUAUCCGAAGAACUUGUUGCGCAUAUUGUAAAUAUGAUUGAACACAAAAGUCGCAGCGCCGUAUAUAUAGAAUUUUUACAAACUGUUGUCAUGGUGCAAGAGAAAGAAAUCAAAUCGGCCCAAGAAAAAGUAGCUCAAGAGAUCUGCUCAUCCUCUGAUGAUGUACGAUUAUAUUAUGCAGAUAGUGCAAGUUUCGAGCAAUUGAAGCAGCUAAUGCAAAACACAGGCCCCGAAGAGCUAACUGUUGAUCAUCCACUACGUUAUCACAUCGACCUGGUACGGCUUCUCGCUUUCUGCACGCGUGGACGAAACAGCACGACGGAACUAAAGUGCGCUUCCCAGCUUUCUAUGGAUCAUAUAGUGCGCGUUUUAACGUCACCGUAUUGUUUAAUACAGGUGAAAGAUGUGUAUUUGCAAUUUAUGUUGCACUGUUAUAUAGAUGCGGAUGCGGAAAUGAAAGAUGUUGACAACGUUGAUUUCAUUGAAAGAAUUCUGAAAAAUAUUCUUGGUGAUAUAGAGAUGUAUAUCGACAGUUUGUCGCAGCUGAAGAAAGGAAAGCCUACUUUGUUGUCUAAUUCAGCACUUGAGAAAUACGUUUGUCACACAGUUACUGAAGUAUUGCUUAAACUGUUCGAAAGGCCUUCAGCUCACCAACUGAUAGUGGAAAUUUCGCAACAUCGUCAGUCCUUCCCUAGAAUGAUUCAAAGGCUUGGUCAGCUGCAAGCAAAAUUAGAAAGGAAAAGCUUUACAAAAAAUUGGUAUUAUGUUGCAGAAUGUGUUAAACGACUUAGUAGACGUGCAGAAGAAAAUGGAGUUAUAUUACCAGUUAAUGGUUGUAUGUCAACACUGUCUACUGAAAGUACUGUUAAACAGCGUUGGUAUUCGGCUUUUAAUUCAGCUCAUUUUAUCAAUCAAGCAAAUAAACGAUCCAAAGCUCGUUUGCACGUACCACGUUACGUACAAGUUACUGAAAGUUUUAAUGAUGUUGUUUCAUGCUAUCAGGCGAUGGUUGCUGAAUUCAAAAUGUUUGCAUUGCCAUUGCAAGCAGCCGAAACAUCAGUGCUUGUGGACUUGUUGCAUGCGCCCGAAAGAUUAUUUGUCCCUGGUUCUGAUUUACAUCAGGAAUGUGAAAAUGGCGUAGUCAUUGUGAAGUUGAUACAGCACUGUAAAUCACUUUUGCAACAUGAGCAGGAAGCUCUGUGUGUACGAGUAUUGCAGAUACUUUGUCGAAUGGCUUCCAACACUAAAUACAACUUUAUUAAUCAGGCAAGAGAAGUGCGAAUUCGUUUGCUCAAACGAUAUUUUGGUGCUGACGCUUUAUGUAGCAUGAAUGCACAAAAUACAAAACUGGAAAUCAACGAACGCGAAUUUGAAAAUGAACUAAAACCAAUUAAGGAACUAUCAUUGUAUGACGUGCAAUGUAAAUUGGGCAGUGCUGGUGCUAGCGAUUUGGUGAUUGAUCUGAUUAUGGAAGAACCGAAUCAUGAAGUUUUUUUAAUGGCAAUUCAACUUUCAAAAGCACUUCUCCACGAAGGAAAUUAUGAAGUGCAGAUGUCAUUUUAUAAUCGAUUAAAAGAACAGAAUACGUCGGAUGCAUUUUUCAACGCUCUCAAGACAAAACUGCAAGUUGCACAAAAUAGGCUAAAAAGUGAUAUGAUGGCUUGCAACGAUUCACGUCAACGACAUUGUGGUGUCAAUUCAUUAAUAGCAUCUGUGAUGAAUUCUCCAUUGCCGGAAGAAUCAACAUACACUCCGAAAGAACUGAAGUCAGUUAAUUCGACCGAAUUAACUGCUUCAUUAUCGGCUAUUCCGGAUGGUUAUCUUCCUGGAUUGUUUGAUCCCGAUGUUAACUUUAAUUUUUGGGAUGACAAAAAGAUACUUCUCCCUCAAGAAGUUGCUCUUAUUGAACCAAUUUUGCGAUUUCUACAGUUGCUAUGUGAAAAUCAUAAUUUGGUGUUACAGAAUUUCCUGCGGUAUCAAGGCAGUCGUCAGAAUUAUAAUUUGGUUGACGAAAUACUUAUGUUCCUUGACGUUAUUUGCGGUAGCACUAAAGGAAGUCUGGGUGUAUUUGGUGAAAUAGACGAACAUAAUUUCUCGUUGAUUACUCAGACAUUGGUCACAUUAACGGAAUUUUGUCAGGGUCCUUGCUAUGAAAAUCAGAAUACGGUUGGCAAUCAUGAGUCUGGACUUAAUAUGAUAAUAUCUUUGGUGCUGAAUGAAAUUAAACCACUUUGUUUAACGCAUAUGGAUUUAGCACUGGAAAUAAAGAGCGCUGCAUCAAAGCUGUUGUUGGCUGUCAUGGAAUCAUGUCGUGAUGCCGAUAAUGCGGAACGCGUGCUCAUGAACAUGGAUCACAUGGCCAGUGGAGCGAAACAACUGGUCCAAGCAAUCAAAAUGGCAUAUGAAAUGUCGGAACUGAAAGAAUUCGUAAUGUCAAAAACAAGGAAGAGUAUUGAAACAAAUUGUUUAUUGAUAAAAUCGAAGCCUAGAAUAAGUAGACCAGAUAUUGCUAUUAAGGAUAAUAUCGUUGAAUCGUAUCCAUCUAUCAAUAUAACUCUUGUCGAUCCACAAGAGGUAGGACAUAAUAUCUUCAUUCUUGCCACGCAACUUUCGCGAUACAAUGAAACACUUCGAGAAGCUUUAGAUCCAGAUAAUAAUAAAGAUGCGAUGACUUCAAAAGCUUUACGGUAUUACAAGCAGUACACUGCACAGAUUGAGAUAGUUCGCAGUGACCGUAAAAUGGAGCGGGUAAUAUUCCCAAUUCAUGCUAUAUGUGAAUAUCUUACACCAGAAUCAAAGUUAAACAUUUUGCUGGAGACCGAACAAGAUGCUCAAGGAUCUAAAGUAACAGAAUUUUUCGAUCAGUGGCCGAAACUUUUCGAGGAGAUGAAAUGGCAAAAAAAACUUCAAGAUCGAAAAUACUUUAGUAAUUGUACAAAACGACUGAUACUAUGGGCCAGGAUAUCAUUCUUUUUUGCUGUUUUGAUCAAUACGGUCAUUGCAGUAUUUUAUCCUUUUUCAGGAAAUAGUAAAGAAGAAUUAAUAUCUCCGAGUAAUCCAUUCCUUUAUGUAUUUCCUACAGUAUCGUUGCUGUUUCUGCGAACACAAUGGAGUGAAAAAGCUUCGCUUGGAAGAACGAAUGAGAUUUAUUGGGCAUUUGCCGCGAUCAUGUCAAGUUUCACGAUUUUAUUUAUUACUGUAAUUGGAGUAGCGACAACGCUACACAUUAUUGGUUUGCUUCAGUUGGUCAAUAAAGGAGUCCAUAUAGUAAGCUAUAUAGGCAACCGUGGUUUAAUUGAUAAAACGUGGCCUGAACGACUUCAAGACAAGGGAAUCUGGUAUCAUCUGGCAUAUUUGCUAAUAUGUAUUCAAGGUCUCUUUGUGCAUCCACUCUUUUACGCUUUACUUCUAUUUGAUAUUGUGGCAAGUGAGGAAACCUUGCGAAAUGUAAUUCGAUCUGUAACCCGAAACUGGCAAUCAAUUAUAAUGACUGGUUUAUUAGCUGUUAUACUUGUUUAUAUUUUUUCAAUCAUUGGAUAUUUGUAUUUUCAGAAAGAUUUUCAGUUGGAGAUUGAUGAAUUAGACAGCGAUGAAAAAGAUAAUAUUGCCUGUGAAAAUCUUCCAUCUCUGAAGUGUAUUCGUUCUCAUCCCUUCAUGUCUAGGCAGCAUAUCAGCAAAAAUAAGUGCUUCGAGAUCAAAAACUUCCAAAGUAAUCAGCCCAUUGACGACAAAGGCGAAUUAAAAGUUUGGUCGUGCCAGACCUUGCGUAUGUGUAUCUUAACAACGUUAAAUUGGGGUCUUCGUAAUGGAGGCGGUAUUGGCGAUGUUCUUCGGAAUGUGGCACCACACGUUCAGGGCUGGAAUCAGAGUGAUAAGGAGGAAUCGUUUUUGUCUCGGAUCGUUUAUGAUUUGACAUUCUUUAUCGUAAUCAUUGUUAUCGUGCUCAAUCUGGUAUUUGGUGUUAUCAUCGAUACAUUUGGCGAUUUGAGAGCUGAAAGAAAUGAAAAAGUUGAUCAACUAAGAAAUAAUUGUUUCAUUUGUGGCCUUGGAAGGGGAAGAUUUGAUAAUAAAAUUGUAACUUUCGAGCAGCAUCGAAAAAAUGAACAUAAUCUUUAUCAUUAUCUAUAUUUUAUUGUCUGGUUGCAAAUAAAGGACGAGACAGAAUUCACCGGUCCCGAAAGUUAUGUCGCAAAUUGUAUUAAGGAGCAUAAAAGUGACUGGUUUCCUCGAAUGCAAGCAAUGUCGUUAGCUGAGGAUAAUCAAGAAGCGGAACAAACAGAUGACAUUGGCGAGAUUCAUGACUCAUUGAAUAAAUUAUUGGAUAUUGUGAAGGAACAAGGACGAGAACUUGAAGAACUGAAACAGGUGGCGGAUGGUUCAUGA